AUGAGUGACGGAACAAAACGAACAAAGAAGCCAGAAUUCCAGCCAGCAAAUAGUAUAAAUAGUGAUGAAUUCAACAAUGGGUCACCAGAAAGACAAAUUUCACCAGUCCGAACUUUCGAGAAUACGCUGAGUCUACUUGCAGUCAAGGAGAAAUCAGCUAACGAGCUUCGCCUCUCUGCCUAUCUCCCAAAGCGGAGUCUGAAACAAGCUCUUUGCUCCAAAUCUCUCCUGAAUGAUCCCAUUUUCAUGAAUCAACAUGCAACUUUGAGCUCUCGUCACUUUUACAAGGAAUUGCGGUUUAUAACUCAAGACGAUUACCACUACUGGCACGAAAGAGAUUGGUUUGUAUUAACCGAAUACGCAAAAACAUUCAAAACUUUCCAGAACAUGUCGUACCAUGAUAAAGCAGAGUUGGUUCGCCACGCUGCUAUCGUGAUACCAGUCCUCAAUCAAGUUUACAAUUCCCCAGAUCAUGGCCUCGAUACAGUAGUCUUCCCAGAUGGUACAUAUUACGAUCGAACUCAUGAGCCAACAAGGCCUGCCGGUCUGAAUCGAAAGAAAUAUCAAGUGUUGGAUUUGGUGCUGAAACCGUUUCGAGAGAUGGAGAUCAAUUUCAACGAGUUUGCCGCAUUUAAAGCUAUCACUUUUCUGAAUCCAGAUGCGGAUGUGUCACUAGAAGCAAAACAUGAAAUUAAUUUGGAACGUUCUAGAUUUGGAAGAUUGAUUCUGAUGGGAACAACAAUGUCUAAAAUGGCAUGUGAGUCGAAAGAAGCUGUUUGGAUAGCUGACUUCUUUGAGAAUAUUGGAUUCACCUCUUUUGCGAAGGAACUGUUCUUUGGUGAUAAUUGA